GUAGCUCACCUUGCUUUCCUCGUCGGGGGCCCUCAGAUCACGUCCUCCAUCUUUCAGGAGUUCCUCAGGGCUGCUGGAAGGUCUGGUCCUCAGCUGUGUCCUCAGCACGGUGGCCCCCACAAGGUGAUGGCUGCCUCCCUUGAAUGCACAAACUUUGAGGAGGAGCAACUUCCUGACAAGAGGGAAACUAUGAACUGGAAGCCCAGAAAAGUUAAGCCUAUAAUACUAGGGCAAACCAAAGCAGAUGAAUGUUUGCGGAAGAAUAUUUCACGUGUUCUUGACAGUGACUCUGAAGAAAGUGAAUUCUCUGAUAUCUUUCCCUAUGAAGAUGAUGUCAGUCGAUCUCCUGUUGGCUAUCAUUAUGUACAGCCUGACCUAGAAGACCUGGAUGGUGAAAUCUCGAAUAUGCUUGAGAACGUUACUUCUCCUGAGCAGCAAACUGCUUUGGUGUAUGAGGUGGAGGACUGGGAUAAAGAAUUGGAGGACUCUGAAAGUAAUCCUUAUGAUGCUGGUGAUCUCUACUGCGGAAGCUUUCAGGAAAAUAAUCUUUUGGUCUCAUACUCCUUGCAAGAGGAAUCAUUGUACAACCCAUGUUGUCACCAUGCGGCUAGUCUUGCUUUUACACUGCCAGUUAGAGUGACUGAGAUUGGCCAGUUUGAUGAUGCUGAUGAAUGAGAUCAGAACUAAGUACGGCUUCUGAGUUGGAUUGUGUUCUUCGCCAAGUUGUGUCAAGCCAUUUGGCUUGCUUGCAGAAUUCUGCUUAAGGCCUGAAAUGCCACACCAUCUCUGAAGUUUAUCUUAGACUGUUUCUGAGGUGUUUAUUAAGCGACCACACCUGACCCCGGGGACCCAGAGUGCAGGUGCUAGCUGCACGCAGUCAGUGCAUUUCUGGACUACUUUCAGUUUGUAUUAUAUAGAUCUAGGUUGUUGCUAAUUAAUUGUUUGGGAGGAAGUAUUUAAUUUCUAAACUUUAGCUUGGUUGCCAAGCUUUGCCAGCUUUCAUGUGCUGAUACUUGUAUGGCUGGCCAUGUAACUUUUACUUUUCUUUCCUUUCCAUUUGAUGUUACCAAAUUGGUUCAGAUAGUUCUAAAAACUCUUCCUCCUUCCAACUUCUGUGUUGUAGCUUGUUACUCCAUGUCUAAUA